GAUGCGGGAGGGGAGCGCGGGCGGCCGCGGCGCGGAGAACCGGACGGGCGCCGAGCCCCCGCUGCACCUGUUCCCCGUGCCCGUACUCACCGGCAUCACCGUCGCCUGCGUCCUGCUCUUCGUCAUCGGGAUCAUCGGCAACCUCAUGACCAUGCUGGUGGUGUCGCGGUUUCGGGACAUGAGGACCACCACCAACUUCUACCUGUCCAGCAUGGCCUUCUCCGACCUGCUCAUCUUCCUCUGCAUGCCCCUGGACCUCUUCCGCCUCUGGCAGUACCGACCCUGGAACUUCGGGAACCUCCUCUGCAAGCUCUUCCAGUUCAUCAGCGAGAGCUGCACCUACUCCACCAUCCUCAACAUCACGGCGCUCAGCGUGGAGCGGUACGUCGCCAUCUGCUUCCCCCUGCGAGCUAAAGUCAUCAUCACCAAGGGGAAGGUCAAGCUGGUCAUCCUCUUCCUCUGGGCCAUCUCCUUCAUCAGCGCCGGCCCCAUCUUCAUCCUGGUGGGGGUCGAGCACGAGAACGGCACGAACCCCCUGAGCACCAACGAGUGCCGAGCCACAGAGUACGCCAUCCGCUCGGGGCUGCUCACCAUCAUGGUCUGGACCUCCAGCAUCUUCUUCUUCCUGCCCGUGUUCUGCCUGACCGUGCUGUACAGCCUCAUCGGGAGGAAGCUCUGGAGGAGGAAGAGAAAGAACAUCGGUCCAAACACUGCCAUCAGGGAUAAGAACAACAAGCAAACUGUGAAAAUGUUAGUCGUGGUGGUAUUUGCGUUCAUACUCUGCUGGUUGCCUUUUCACGUAGGACGCUACUUAUUCUCCAAAUCCUUCGAAGCCGGCUCCCUGGAGAUAGCAGUGAUCAGCCAGUACUGCAACCUGGUGUCCUUUGUCCUCUUCUACCUUAGCGCAGCCAUCAACCCCAUCCUCUACAACAUCAUGUCGAGGAAGUACCGCGUGGCCGCCUGCCGCCUGCUGGGCCUGCGCGCCCUGCCCCAGCAAAGCCUCCCCAGCAGCAAGCAGGGCAGCUCCCGCGGCUGGACAGAGCCUGGUGGCACCACAUGACACCGGGCACCCCGUGUCACCCGCCGAGUCCCCAGCAAGCCAGAACGGGAGGGAGGAGGGCAAGGAAUGGGAACGCCAAGGCUGAAAGCGCCCCUUGGGUCAUGGCCCGCGUGGGCUGAGAGGCGCGGGCGGUGAAAGAUCCCAGGGGAAAAGCCUGAAGUGUGGGACUCUGAGAGGAGAGAGGUGGUCACAGAUUUGGGCGAUGCUCCAGGUGUUAUUUUUGUGCUGCUUUUGCCCGUUUGAUUUUUUAACGCUGACUUUAGCCCAGACCCGUCCUGAGCAGGCAAACGUGGCCCACUUCACUCGAGAGUUUGUACGACUUCAGCAGCGCCAAUUCCAGCUGAAUUUUUCCAGAGUUAGCUUUAGUUUUGCUAAGAAUUUUGCUAGCAUCUAAUCAGACCCUAGAGAGAGAAUACUGAAUUGCCUUUUUGGAGUAGCAAACAGGAAAUUUGAUACACUUUUCAUAAUAUCAAUUUUUAAGUAAGCUCAUGUUUUUCUUGGAAUGAGGAAAGUUAUUUCUUAAAAAAAAAAAAAAAAAGAGAUAUAAAAUGGAUAAUUUUUAAACAUGCUAAAAAUAAGUAACCUUCAUGUCACAUCCAAGUAGAAAGGAAACAAAAAAAUGCUUUCACAAAAGUGGCUUAGAAUGUGACUGUGCUGAAAUAUUUUUUUAAAAUAUAUAUCAGUGGGACAAGGACAGUGCUGACUUCAGGCCUGCAGUGAUGCUAUAAAAAUGUGGAAUGCAAUCACCCA